ACAUAGUUUGAUUCACUUAGUCGGUCUAUGCAAGGAACAUAUUACUAUGAAGUUGUUGGUAGUUAUCGGUCUAGUUGGAGCUGUGUUAAUAUUCACAAUGCCUAACCAAGCGAAUUCAUUGCCAACGAGGAGACGCAACCGGCCACGUCCUAGUCUGCCGCCUAGAGGUCGGCCCGGGCGUCCGCGCCCUCGACCACGUCCUACCCCGAAUACCCCUACCUCGAAUACCCCUAUCCCGAAUACCCCUACCCCAAGUCCCCCUGAUUGCACGAGUAUCGCGUCUGACAACAGCCCUGGAAUGGCCCCACUUUACCGUGGCAGUUUGGAUGGAAACCAAAAUUAUGUCAUUAUCAUUAACAACGAUGAGAACACCGAAACAAUUGUGACACAAGUGCUGAACAUGAGAUCUGACAACAGGCGAGGUUUGCAAAACAGAAUGCUCAAAGGGCCCUCAAAUGGAAUAAAGGCAGUCGUUUGUGAUCUUAAUGACGAAGAGUUAAACAGGAUUCGUCAAAUGAACGGUGUGAAGUACGUUGAAAAAGAAGUCAUGUUCAAGACGUCUGAAUCCACUUGGGGCUUAGAUCGCAUUGAUCAGCGAAACCUUCCGCUUGAUAACUCAUAUUUACAAUUGGGUAAUGGGGAAGGUGUGUUUGUAUACGUCAUUGAUACUGGCGUCAAUACUCAUCAUGAGGAAUUUGGUGGUAGAGCAGUGAACUGGUACGACGCUACAACAGGCGAACAUGAUUCAGAGGAUUGUCUUGGCCACGGCACACACGUUGCCGGCACGGUUGCUGCAGAAAUCUAUGGAGUCGCCAAUAAAGUUAAUAUACGAAGUGUACGUGUGUUUGGAUGUGAAAAUGGAGCUACCUCGUCAGACAUAGUUGAUGCAAUCAAUCAAAUUUUGACUAAUGGACCUGGGGAAAAAGGUAAUGUUGUAUCAAUGUCACUCGGCGGGCCUCCGUCUGUCGUGAUAGACGAAGCUGUACAGAACUUGAUUCGAGCAGACUUUGUUGUGGUGGUUGCAGCAGGGAACGAGAAUCAGGAUGCUUGUGGCGUAUCACCAGCCAGAGUCACUGAGGUAAUUAGUCAGUGUCUUUACGUGUUCGUUCGUGCGUGUUUUCAUUCAUUCGUCCGUUCGUUCGUGCAUUUAAUUAAUGAUUGA